AUGGACGCGGAAAACAGAGUGAGGGCUACUGUAGAUAUUUCUGUCGCUUCAUCUCCAAGCAAUCUUCAUGAGGCUCUCAAGCUAUUGAAUGAAAUUGCAGAAGAUGUUAAACGCUUGGGAACUGAUUCCGAUGACAUUCGCAAAGAUGCUAUAUUCAAAUGUCGACAGCUAUUUCUAGCUCUAUCGACCCCUCGAGAGAUCAUGGCUGAUCACUGCUGGGGACAUAUCGGAGCUAUGAUGGCAGUAGGAUUUGGCGUGGACUCAGGAUUAUGGAUCUUAAUGGCCCAAAAUGGAGAUAAACCGCAGAGAGUCGCAGACCUGGCGUCGAGACUACAAAUCGAACCGAACCUUCUCAGUCGUCUUAUGCGUCACCUCAGCGCCAUGGGCCUUCUAAAUGAAGUCGGUGAGGACGAGUACCAGCCCACUAAUUACACCAAAGCCCUCAGUCUCCCUCAGAUUGGAAAUGGAUAUCUCGGCCUAACUGCAUGUACCAGUGCUGGCUGCCUGAAAUUCCAUGAAUUCUCUCGCAAGCGUGGUUGGACAAACCCAACUAACCCUGAGGACACAUCUUUGAUGAAUGCUUAUGGCACUGACAAGGACCUCUUCACCUGGGUAAAUGAGUUAGGUUAUGGAAAACACCUGAAUGAUUACUUAAGUGGUUACAAUCUCGGUCGCCGAUGGUGGAUCCAUCCUGAUGUGUAUCCUGUGAAGGAGAGGCUCAUCAACGGCGCUGAUCCUAGUCUGGACUCGCCUUUUCUCGUGGACAUCGGUGGUAACGUAGGACAUGAUCUGGAAAGAUUCCGCGCUGCAUUUCCAGAUGUGCCCGGGAAGCUCAUCCUCCAAGACUUGCCCAUGAUGAUCGGCCAAAUAAAGGAUUUGCAUUCAUCGAUUGUGCGUAUGGAGUAUGAUUUUCAUGAUGAGCAGCCAGUUAAAGGCGCUCGAGCCUACUACAUACACUCAACGCUACAUAACUGGUGUGACGAUGUAUGUGAAACACUACUAAAGCGUGUCAAGGAAGCUAUGAAGCCUGGGUAUAGCAGGCUCUUGAUAAAUGAAUUUGUUGUUCCUGAGACCGGGGCCCACUGGGAAACUACUGGGCUUGACAUGAUGAUGUUGGGGCUGUUCUCCUCUGAGCAGCGCACUCGGGCAGCGUGGUUUGAUUUGAUCGAGAGGAGGGUGGGUCUGAAGAUUGUUCAUAUCUGGAGUGCCGGUGCUGGGGUGGAAAGCGUGAUUGAGUGCGAAUUAACUGAUUAA